UGUCCUGCGCAUGCGCGUCAAAGCAGACGUGAGAAAAUGGCCGUCCCGCAGCUUCUAGUCCGGUUAGCGCGACAAUGUGCCUCUUUGCGGAUCAGUCAGUCCUCAAAUCGUACAGCUAGACGAUGUAUUUAUUCUCUAAUGGCCUCGGCCGUGGGAGGUGGCGCACUUUACUUCGUUCACGUGUGGAUGCGAGAUAAAUUGCGGUUUGUUCCUGUGCUGUACGCAAGUCAGGAAGAGAACGAGAAAGCUGACAGGAAGAUGUCUUACCGGGAGCUUCGUUUUCACAAUUUUGCCUCGGUGGAAUAUGACGGGAUCGCUUAUAUGACCCCACAAGACUUCUUAGAAUCUGUCACAGAGAAAGCUCCACGACCGCGCAUCGGACGAGGGAAACUGACCAGGCACGAACUGGAGAGCUGGCUGAGGAGCACACCCAAGCGAUCACAAGGAUCUGAACAUCUCUUCCGCAGUAUCCACGACAAAGGAAUCAUCUCCUACACCGAAUAUUUGUUUCUCCUGUGCGUGCUGACGAUGCAUUCCAGCCCGCCCUGGAAAGAAGGUGAUAAACCAGAUGAACCACACUCUGGGUUUCGUAUUGCAUUUAACAUGUUUGACACAGACGGGAAUCAAAUUGUUGACAAACGAGAGUUUUUGGUGUUGGAAUCUUUCUUCGCUCUGCCCAAACAUGAAAGAAAGUUUGUACCCAGGGAUCAGAAAAACCUUCAGAAAACCCUAAAUCUGGAGCGUGUUUUUAGUAAGCAAGGACAGCGCAUUGGUCUGCAACCACCUUCAGAACAAACAGAGCUAGAGAAAGAAGUAACAGACACCACAUUGCUUGUCCACUUCUUUGGUCCUAAAGGCACGGAUGUGCUGAACUAUCAGGAUUUCCACAGGUUUAUGGAGAAUCUCCAGAGUGAAGUGAUUGAGCUGGAGUUUCAUGAAUUCUCACAUGGCAUGAGCACCAUUUCGGAGGUUUCCUUUGCCACCAUCCUUUUAAGAUACACCAAUCUACACCACUCUGAAAUUGAAGAAUGUUUAGAGCGUGUUCGCCAGCGUAUGCCUGAGGAAAAGGGCAUCAGCUUUGAGGAAUUCAAGAAAUUCUGCCAGUUCCUCAACAACCUUGAUGACUUUGCUCUGACCAUGAAAAUGUACAGCUAUGCAGAGAAAUCAGUUUCCCAAGAGGACUUCCAGAGAGCAGUAAAGGUGUGCACAGGAUACAUGCUGGGUCCUCAUGUGGUCAACACAGUGUUUCAGAUUUUCGACUCGGAUGGUGAUGGUAACCUCAGCCAUCAAGAGUUUAUUAACAUUAUGAAGGACCGACUUCACCGAGGAGCAAGGUCUCAUCUCAUGCACACUCAGAACACAUGGGAUGCCUUCCGCUCUUGUGUCAGAAAUGAGAUGAGAAGCUUCUGAUGUGACACCACUUACCGGCAGUUCUUAAUGACAUCAGUCCUCUAGUGUCUCGAGUAUUCUGCCAGCAUUUCAAAGGUGUUGAAAUUUUUUAAAUUGUAAAUUAUAGUGUUAUAUAGAUAGAGCCUUGCAUUUGUCUUGGUUCAUAAUUUACAUAUGCAUAUAUCCCUAGUACAAAAUGUUAACUUGUUGCAUAAAAGGAUUUGAUGUACAUUGAUGUAUACACAGAUUACCUUAUUACAGAGAAUGGCGACAAGCUGCAGCACAAACACCCACUGAUUCACAUGCCACCUUUAUUGGUGCAAGUUCCGCUGGACUCAGGUUAUUAUUAGCACAAUGAGCAACUUUUAGUGUGUUGACAUUGCACAACUAAUGUUCUAUUUGGUUUUAACAAUUGUUUUUACUUGCAAGUGCUAUUCACACUGUACAAUGUGUGUUGGAACAUCAUGCCUGGUAGACACUGUGCAGUAGGUUAAGUGUUUUAACAGUUUUCAGUUUAAUACGUGUAAAUUUGAAUAUAAAGUUCAACAUUUUUCCUACCAAGCUUAUGGAAGCACUUGAGCCUCUAGAUCUCAUUAUGGAAUGUUACAUAUUGGGCUCCCUCUCUUAUUAAGAAAAUCCUGUGAAAUGCUUUUUUCAUGUUUUUCAUCUGUUUUUAACAAAUUCAGUCCUGAUCCAGGUACAUUUGGCUAAAAUUUGCAUAAUUUACCCAGCUUGGAAGGGAUAUUUUAUAACAAUCUGAAUUUGCACCAAAUUUCAUUUCCUAUGUGGGCUUUUUAAUCUCACUGCUAUUCUAUCUUUUUUUCCCUUUCUUGUUGGGAAGUGGGGUCGGGUAAGAUGGAAAGAGAAAUCUCAAAAUUAUACUUUUAUUACACAAUUUCUAGGUCACAGUAGAAUUGUGAAAGGCACACCUUUAUGAAAUUUCUAUUCUGACUACUGUUGCACCUCUGUGAUAUAUUCAUGCUCUUUUUGAUUGCAACUCAUGAUUAUCUUUUGUGUAAAGAUAUGUUGAGAAGCUUUAUUCUUGACAUGCCUGCAUUUUUCACCAAAAACUUUCAUGGUCAUUUGAACGCUUUUGUCAGUGUUCCUAUCAGCAAUUAAAACCUAAUAAAAAAAAAACACUUCUGCCCAAAUUUUCAAUACUUUUUUCCAAUUUUCCACUCUUUUUUUAAUGCUAACAGAAAUAAAAAAAAAAACAACCACAAUCAAAUAAAAUUUUCAGUGACUUAACAAAGCAACACAAGACUACUAUUUCACUGACCACCAUGACAGAUUUCUUACCCUCUAGGAUGCACACAAAAGCAGAUUCGGUGGGGGAAAUGUGAAAAAUGUACAACAGUCUUUGACAAGCAGUGCUAUGGCCAGAUAAAAAAUUUUUUUUUGGUUUCCUGUUGACUAGCUCAUGAUAAAAGUCCAUGAAGGUCUAUUUUUGUUAAUGCCAGAGUAUGAAAAAGUGACUACAUAUUCCUGGAUUGACUAAUAUUAAACAACUUAAAAU